AUGGAAAUCGCUGUAUUAUUUCUGCUCCUACUCGGAGCAGCCUUCGCUGAAGACAAGAAGGAGGACCUGAAGAAGUCCGAGACUUACGCAGCACCUCACUACGGUGGUGGUUACGGAGGCUAUGGUUAUGCUCCUCUUCACGGAUAUGGUGGCUACGGAGGUUAUGGCUACGCUCCCCUUCACGGAUAUGGAGGUUAUGGUGGAGGAUACGGUGGCUAUGGAGCUGGUUAUGGUGGAGGAUACGGUGGCAUUGGAGCUGGUUAUGGUGGAGGAUACGGUGGCAUUGGAGCUGGUUAUGGUGGAGGAUACGGUGGCUAUGGAGCUGGUUAUGGUGGAGGAUAUGGUGGCUAUGGAGCUGGUUAUGGUGCUCACGGUCAAGGUGGUUAUGGAGCACAUGCCCUUCAUGGAGGAUAUGGACAUGGGCUACAUGGUCUUCAUAAGUAUGCUGGUCACAGAAAUCUGGGUGCCUACGGAGCUCAUGGUGGUUAUGGGGGUGGCUUUAAGGAUAUUGAUUCCUAUUCCCGGAACAAAGGGGUGGGGUACGAGAAAGCUUACUCAUACGACAAGAAGUCCGGCUUCCAUAAGGCUGGUGCUUUACAUGGAGCCUACGGAUCACAGCAAGGGCUGAGCGACUACGGUGGUCAACAUAACUUGGGGGCUUACGGUGGUUAUGGGGGCGCUGUACAUGGUGCUCGGGGCAUCUAUGGACACAAAGGCUACGGCGGUUACGGUCGUCUGGGUGUUGGUUACGGAGUUCAUGGAGGAUUAGGCUAUGGCGGUUAUGGUCACGGAGGUCUUGGCUAUGGUGGUCAUGGUCUUGGAGGACUAGGCUAUGGCGGAUAUGGUCACGGAGGUCUCGGCUAUGGUGGUUAUGGUUAUAGAGGUCUUGGCUAUGGCGGAUAUGGUCUCGGGGGAUUAGGCUACGGCGGUUAUGGUCACCGAGGACUAGGCUAUGGUGGUUAUGGCGGAUAUGGUCACUAA